AUGUGCUCCCAGGAGGCUUUUCAGGCACAGAGGAGCCAGCUGGUGGGGCUGCUGGUCUCGGGGUCCCUGGAGGGCUUUGAGAGCAUCCUGGACUGGUUGCUGUCCUGGGAAGUCCUCUCCUGGGAGGACUAUGAAGGCCUCAGCCUCCUGGGCCAGCCUCUCUCCCACUUGGCUAGGCGCCUCCUGGACACUGUCUGGAAGAAGGGUGCUUGGGGCUGUCAGAAGCUCAUUGCAGCUGUCCAGGGGGCCCAGGCUGACAGCCAGUCCCCCGAGCUGCAUGGCCACUGGGACCCGCACUCACCCCACCCAGCCCAGGACCUGCAGAGUCACCGGCCAGCCAUUGUCAGGAGACUCUACAGCCACGUGGAGGGCGUGCUGGACCUGG